AUGCCCACCAACCGACCUUUCUUCGCCAAUUUCUUCUCUGCCUUUCGGGCCCGCCCCAACCCCACGUUCCAGGCCAAAUCCAGUACAACGGCAUAUGAAACCGUGUCGCAAGGCACACUGGUGGCGGCCGCCCAUGUUUCCACGACCAACGCGACGGUGACCUCGUCGGGAACAAGAGCAAUCACCACCAAAGCCACGGCAGAUACCUCAACAUCUUUGCAACAGCAGCAACCACAACCGGGGACGCUUACAUCGCCAUCGAGACCGAGCCCUUCCGCGCCUCUACCGUUCUCCUCAAACCCGGGCUCACAUCGUUACGCAACACCACCAUCCAGAUCACCGGGGACGAAUUCGCCCGGCGGCACCCACCCACAUUCCCAUACCCACACUGCACACGCCAAUGCCAACUUAUCCAUGUCGCCACCGAGCACGUCGACACCGAUGACGAGAGGUCGGCAAAGGAGAGGAAGUGAUAGCUCCAACUCUUCGGGAGGAUUUAUUGAUGCGCUAGGGCCUGAGAAGUGGUACAUCGGCGGCCGCACCGCAGGUGGUGAAGAGACAUUCUACAAACUUGGGCUGGUUACCGGUGGCACGGGAAAGAGGGUACAAAGUUUAGACCGGUUGAGCCUGUGA